AGUCAUAUAAUAGCUGAAAGGUAUCUAAAAACAUUGGCCUGAGAUUCCGAGGGCUUAGUAGAUUUAGGCGAUCUUUAAUGCCAUAUAAGAAAUAUUCUAUGCUUAUGAUGAAGGGAUGAUUCCUCAGUUUGUCGUGUGGUGGCAUUGUCAGUCAAACUACUCGCUCCUAUUAUCAUUCAUCCCACUACAAAAUGCAUUCAAAUUUCAGACACAAUACUCACAUGAUUAAUUCUUAUUCUCCUUAAAGCAAUUGGUUCAAUGGCUGCUGCUUCACUUUAUUCUAUUCAUUCUUGUUCUUCUGCGUCCCAGAAUGCCCAUUUAAGUUGCAGGGGCAACGUUUCCUUACCAAAAAAAUUGAGUAGAAGGAAUUCCGCCAGUCAGCAGCUCAAAUGGAAAGGAUGGAGAAACCCACCUCAGAAGUUAGGAGCUGGGUACUUGUUUGCAGUGAGAUCCAUGGCUGCUUCUUCAGAUUCCACCAACACCAGCAGGCAAAUGGAGCUUAUCUAUGAUCCAAUGGAACGCAUGGAGAAAUUUGAGCAGUUGGGCACCAGCAAUGAUCUCUCCCGUCUAACUUUGUUCUCACCAUCAAAGAUAAAUGUUUUUCUCAGAAUAACAGACAAGAGAUCUGAUGGUUUCCAUGAUCUUGCAUCACUUUUUCAUGUAAUUAGCUUAGGAGAUACAAUAAAAUUUUCUCUAUCUCCAAUGAAUACAAAGGAUUGUUUAUCAACCAAUGCUCCAGGUGUUCCACUUGAUGAAAAGAACUUGAUCAUCAAAGCACUCAACUUGUAUAGAAAGAAAACAGGGUCUAAACAAUUCUUUUGGAUUCAUCUUGAUAAAAGGGUACCAACAGGAGCUGGUCUAGGUGGUGGAAGUGGUAAUGCAGCAACUGCACUUUGGGCAGCAAAUCAAUUUAACAAUUGCCUUGCCAGUGUUGAGGAGCUUCAGGAGUGGUCUGGGGAAAUUGGCUCUGACAUCCCUUUUUUUUUCUCACGUGGGGCAGCAUAUUGUACCAGUAGAGGCGAGGUUGUGCAAGAUAUCCCACCCCCAAUUUCCUUGGAUACGCCAAUGGUUCUUAUGAAACCACAGCAGGAGUGUUCCACUGCUGAAGUAUACAAGCGCUUUCGAUUGGAUAAAGCAAGUACAGUGGAUCCGCUUUGGCUGCUUGAAGAGAUUUCAAAGAGUGGAAUUUCACAAAACCUUUGUAUCAAUGAUUUAGAGCCACCUGCUUUUGAAGUGUUACCAUCUCUGAAAAAAUUAAAGCAACGAGUGCUUGGAGCAAACCGGGGCCAGUAUGAUGCAGUGUUUAUGUCUGGAAGUGGGAGUACCAUUGUUGCUCUUGGAGAUCCGGAACCUCCACAAUUUGUAUAUGAUGAUGAUGAAUAUAGUGAUAUGUUUAUAUCAGAUGCAUAUUUUCUUACCCGAAAUGAUAACGAAUGGUUCCAAGAACCUGGUUCUGUUUAGCCUGCCAAGGUGUGGAGAAGGAAACAACACAACUGAAGCAGUUAGCGAGGCUUCCACAAGAGGACUAUAUGCUGAGGAUGUGUUUGUUUUUUCCAGAAAAUACUAAUAAAAUGUGUGCACCGUGGCAGAAUUAGGCGUGAUAGUGAUGCCAUUUGUUGCAAAGAUUUUUACUCCAUUUAGUGAGUCUUGGCCCUGUUUAGAAUACAAUCAAGAACGGGUAUCUGACACUGGCUCGCACGGGCAAUGUGAUAUUGGGGUCAUUAUUAUUUUGAUGACAAUAUGUCUAUUUUUGAUAGUUAUGGUAAAAUUUGUGGCACACCUAUAGUUCUACACUGGAAACUAUUUUGUACACUAUUUCAAUCUCCAGAUGAAUUGAUGUUCUUAAAAGUAAAUUCAAAAUGUUUCACGAUCAAUAAUUCCAGUGUUCA